AUGGCAUCGCGCAACGGCGCAGCGAUCCUCAGCAGAGCCCUCCGCACGCGGCGCACACCACAACUGCCCCGCGCAGCAGUCCGCUCCUACUCAACAUCAGAAAGUGGCGAAAAGAGGCCAUCGAUAGUGGUCGCCUACUGGGGCUGGACGACGCUGGAACAGGACGAGAUCCGCGAAGAAAAGAAGAAGGAGAUUGAGAGCCUCGAGGCCAAGGUCGCCGAACUGCAGACGAGCAAAUAG